AUGAAGUUCCUUUGCCUUCCCGGAGCCUAUGGCAGUGCCAAGAACUUCAAGGUGCAGCUGGGACCGCUCGCUGAGGAGCUCGAGAGCCGCGGCCUCGGGACAUUCACGUACAGUCAGGGCAUCCACGAGGUGACGCCGCCAACGGGAUGGGAGGAUUACUUUGGGUCGCUGCCGCUGUACCGGUUCCUCGACACAUCGCGGGGAGAUGCCUUUGAGACGCUGCGCCGGCUGCGCCACGUGCCCCAUGGCAUGAGGCCAGAAGACACGAUGCGGGCAUUCCAGGCGGCGCGUUCUGGCCAGGACUGGCACCAGCGCGCCUGGCGCGAGGCCAUGGACAGUGUCUUCAAGACCAUUGACGAGGACCCUGAGAUCGAUGCCAUCAUUGGCUACUCGGAGGGCGCUAUGGUCGGUGCCAGCCUCAUUGUCGAGGAGGGUUUGCGGUGCAAGCGCAGCGGAGCGCCACGGCGCAUCAAGUUCGCCAUCUUCAUCUCUGGUGCGCCGCCGCUCAAAAUUGAGAGCCAAGACAAGAUCGUGGCGCAGCUAGUCGACGAGUCAGGCAUCGUGAUCGACAUCCCGACGUUCCACAUCUUCGGGUGCGAGGACGCGUUCCUGAGCUCGGCCGUCGCGCUGUUCAACGUGUGCGACCAGGACUCGGCCCGCAUGUACGACCACGGCCUGGGCCACAUUGUGCCGCGCGAUGCUGAGAACGUCGGCCUGCUCUCCAAGCUGCUGCAGGACGUCGUCCCCAAGGUCGAGGACGAGUACCGCCGCGCCGAUGCCGAGCGUCCCAUCGCUUCGCGCCCCAAGCUCAUCCGCAGUGGGAGUGAGACUGACGAGGAGCUGGUGUUUGAUCUGAAAGGGUCUGACUUUACGGCUGCGAUGCUGCGGUCGGUUUGUUAG